GUUCCUUUUCAUCAUCUUCCUCGUUAGGGUUUAUCACAAUUAGUGCAUAAACCCUCUUCCCAUUUGCAGCAAUUACAUCUCUUUCUUCCAAAAUUGGUGCAUUUUUGGAAAUCAAUUUACUAGUCAAGCGCGCGAAUUCUCAAAUCCCAGUCGCUGAAAAUUAGCUGGAUUUUGUCCGUGGUCACCCUGUCAUGUGACCAGGAAGGAGGUCAUGGAUUCAAGCCGUGGAAACAGACUCUUGCAGGAAUGUAGGUAAGCCUGCGUACAAUAGACCAUUGUGGUCCGGGCUUUCCCGGACACUGCGCAUCGCGGGAGCUUAGUGCACCGGGCCCUUUUUUUUUUUUUUUUAAAUUUUUAUGCUGUGGUUUUAUAAGUAAGCCAAAGAUGAGCUGAAGGGUAAGGUUUUUGAGGAAAAAGGUCCUAAAUGAUUUUAGAAUUUGAAUAUGAACAAUGGAGGUAAAGCGGAAAGUGAAAAAGAAAAAGAGAAUAGAGUUUAUGAUGAUAGGAAAGAAAGAGCUAGUACUGAUGAUUUUGGUCAAGCAAUAUCGAGAACUGCAGCUGCACAGAUAUGCGAAAAUAUUGGAUUUGAGGGCUUUAACGAAUCAGCUCUUGAAUCAUUUGCUGAUAUUACGGUUAAGUAUCUUUGUGACUUAGGCAAGACUGCAACUUUCUGUGCUAUUUUAGUUGGGAGGACAGAGGUCAAUGUCUUUGAUGUAAUACAAGGAUUAGGGGAUUUGGGUGUGUCCACAGGUGCAUCAAAGGUGAAACAUUGUGGAUUGGAUUCUCGGACUAUUAAGGGGAUUGUUGAGUUUGUGAAAUCUGCUCAAGAGAUUCCAUUUUCGCAACCUCUUCCAUGUUUUCCAGUGAUUAAAGAUAAAAGGAAGAUACCCAGUUUUAUACAAAUGAAUGAAACUACAGCGUUUAAGCACAUACCUUUAUGGCUGCCUGCAUUUCCUGAUCGGCAUACUUAUGUACGCACCUCUACAUGGAACGAGAGAACUUGUGAUCCCCGAGCUGAUAAAGUUAAGUUAGCAAGGCAGCGAAGGAAGGCGGAAAGGUCUUUGUUGAAUUUGCAGCAACGAUUGGUGUGCAACGGUUCAACCGAGGUAUCAGCUUCCAAUGAACCAGAUGAUGUUAGGAUUGAAUCAAGUGUUGAUGCAAGUGGAAACGCAUUUGUUGCAGUGUCUUCAGAAGCUAGAGAAAAAGACAUGGCUGCAGUUUCCCUCGCAGCUAAACUUUCCAAUGAAACGGACAAAAACCAUGUUUCUUUGCCGGAUAUUUAUUCUCCUGCAAUUGAGACAUUGAAGGAUGAUCCUUCUGAAACAGGAAAUGGUGUGGAAGAAAAUCCUCCUGACCAGAGGAAUGCUGUCUGUUUAGAGUGUAAACCAGGUAAGAAAGUCUGGUGCGAUUCUUUAGAUCUGAGACUUCGGAACAAUGGUUCUGGGAGAACAGCAUCUGGGUUCAGGCGGGAUGAAGAGAAAAAUGACAAGAAGAGGAGAGCAGAGUUGAUACUUAGACAAUCUAUUGAAAACCAGCAGGAGUUGACCCAGUUGUAAAUUAGUUCAUAGAAUGGCUAGCUUGAUGGGUUGUUCCAUAUAUUCUGUUAGAAAAGGUCAGCAAUUGAUUAGGCUAGGUAAAAAGUCGGUCGAAUACUUUCCUGUGAAUGGCCCACGUCUAUGACGAAGUCUGAUGUAGCGCAAAGAAUUUUUGGACAUUAGUUGCUUAACCUCCAUUGACUGAUUUGUUCCCUUACCCUAACAAACAAAUGAAACAGGAGGAAGUAUGAUUUUAAAUGGAAACUAUUGAGGAUGGGAUCUUGUAUUUCUUGAAGGCGGACGUCUGGAUUCUUUUUUUCCAUGCAAAUUUGAAGUAAAACUGGGAGUGUAAUAAUUAAAGGAAUAAGAAUAGAUGAAGCUAUGAACUCCAUCUGAUAUAUGCUACGGCAGAAAUAGACAAUGUCAAUCAUGUUAAUUUUU